AUGGCCUCACUGACCCAACAUUCAGUAGGAGCUUAUUGCCGCAGACCAAAGAAAAGCUCCAUCAACAUCAACGCAUCUUCUGCUACUUCGACGCUCAAUGCCAAAAUUCAUAGGGCCAGCCUUGCUUCUUUUCAGUUACCAUUGAACAUCGAAAAGAAGGCGGCUUUGAUUACAAUUUCGAAUGUUAACCGAAAAAAACGCAAAGAUGAACAAUGGAGAGUGUUCGGAAGCGAUGACGGAUCAUGUGGGAUUGCGCCUAUGCCAGCACCUCCUUCUGCUGCGGAGUUGGCUAAAGAUUUCUACAAUGCCAUCAAUUCCAAGGACAUAAACAAACUGGAUCCACUUCUAGCUGAGGACUGCCAGUAUCAGGAUCUUGUGUUUUACGUUCCCUUUGAAGGAAAAAAACAGGGUGUUCUCCCCUUCUUUGCCAAGAUGAUGGAUGCAAUGGGACCUAAUAUCGUUUUCGUUAUUGACAAUGCGACAGAAGGAGAAAAAUUGACUGCCAGUGUGAUUUGGCAUCUAGAGUGGAAAAAUAAAGUCAUACCCUUCGCCAAAGGUUGCACAUUUUUCGAAUACGAAGAAUUUGAUGGACGUCUUUUGCUUAGGAAAGCAACCGGCAUGGCAGAAAUUCCAUUCAAACCUGGUGAUUUCGUAUUGAAAUUUUUAAAGUCAGCAAGUACCUUCUUCGAUCUCUACCCAAUGGCAGCAGAAGCGUUAUUGAAAUCUCAUGAGGAAGAACCGCAUGAAGGAUUAUCUUCGUUACUAGACAAGUUUUUUGGCAGGCACUGA